AUACACAACAUGUAUUUGAUAAGCAAAUCCAGAAGAUGACAAUUGAAUAAACGUAAGAAAGUUCUGAAUAAGAUAGGAUGAGACUACAACGAUGCAACAAUCCCUUCCACGCAACUGUGCAGCUGUUUAUUUAGGAGUAUUUUUACAAGUUUAUCUAAGAUGUAUCUAAUAGAUAAUAACCAGCUAUUUUGUAUAGUAAGGGCUAUCGUACAAGUGGAGUAUCCAGUCGCUAGUAGAGCGUCGGCAGCUGACGAGUGACGAGCGUCAGGUGACGACGGACGGGCGCCACCCGCGGCGUCGCGCUGCUGCCACGUGACGUGCGCGGGGACGUCACUCACGUACCUACUUCUGGUAUACACCAGCUCGCCAGAGACCCGACCAUACCUACUCGAGGCUCGACUAAUCGUUCGUGUAACGGCUAGCUUAAAUUGGACAUUGGAUGAAGAGGUCUCGGAUAUGAAUCGUAGCCCUCCUGGGUCCGGACCAAAAAAUGCUGAGGCAUUCUUAUCAAUUCAGUAGGUACUCGCAGCAGAUUUGGCGACAGGUUGACGGACGGCGUGCGAUUCGUAAUCAUUCGUUAGUCCUGCACUUCAUCUCUUUAUGAGGUAUAGAGAGCUGCGUAAAUUGAAAUUCGCCAGUACUGAAAUUCAAUCGGAACAGGACAAAACUAAUCAAUAUAAUCAAUAGUCAGUAAGUUCUAUGCAUCCACUGUUGGACAUAGGCGUCUUGCACUCUUUUAUUUUUACUUUUGUAGGUAGGUAGAUAUCGUGACAUUGUUCCUCGGUGGUCCGACGCUGUACCACGCUGUAGUGCAGUCCGCAGCUGCGCGUGCGCGUGACAAUGCGGCGACAUUGGAUACAUCAUACGUGUACCCACUUCCACUUCAGUGUGAGUACUGCAGAGAGGGUGCGAGGGCUGUUAUGAAAGUACAAUGUAAAACUUGUUGGAACGUUUAUCAGAUGCCAUUUCGUGUUGGCGAAGCGGAAUAAAAUGAUAUACAAUGUCCCGGGGGGCCGGCGUUCGCGGCGCGCCAGCAGACGGCCGUGCUGGCGCGCGUCGGCGACUCGGCCGCGCUGCGCUGCCGCGUGCUGCGGCUCGGCGGCCGCGCGGUGUCGUGGGUGCGCUCCCGCGACCUGCAGAUCCUGACGCACGCGGGCGUGGUGUUCACGGCGGACGCGCGUGUGGCGUGCGACGAGGCACCGGCCGACGCGCCCGCCUCAGCCGCCCGAGCGCCGCGCGUCACGUCGCGCGACGGCGCGGAGGGCGCGGCGGGCGCGGUGCACACGCUGCGCAUCGCGCGGCUGCGCGCCGCCGACGCGGGCCGCUACGAGUGCCAGGUCAACACGGAGCCCAAGAUGAGCCUGCUCUUCAACCUCACCGUCGUCGCAGAGUCGUCGGCGCCGCUGGUGUCGGUGCGCGCGCUGGGCGCGGCGGACGGGCGCGUGUGGGGCGCGGCGGGCGGCGCGGCGCAGCUGGCGUGCGAGGCGCGCUACGCGGUGGCGCCCGAGCUGCUGGGCGCGCUGCCCGCGCUGCGCGUGCGCUGGACGCACGACGGCGACACGCUCGACCCGCAGAGCGCGCGCGGCGGCGUGUCGCUGGACACGGAGCGCUGGGCGGGGCGCGUCGUGUCGCGGCUCACGCUGGCGCAGCUGCGGCGCGAGGACGCGGGCCGCUACAGCUGCAGCGCGGCGCCCGAGGGCGAGGGCGAGGGCGAGGGCGAGGGCGAGGCGGCGCACGCGAGCCUCGCGCUGCGCCUGCGCGGCGACGACGGCGUGCCAGCGGGCGAGAUGGAGGCCAUGCAGCACGACCAGGCCGUGGCGCGCGUCAGCGCGGCGCACGCGGCGCGCGCGGCGCCGUGCGCGCUGCUCGCGCUGCUGCCGCUCUUCCUCACGUGACGCGCCGUGUGACGCGCCGCGUGACGCUGCAGACACUUAAGACGCCACUACGAAUCUUGAAUGAUCCUCAACACACAUUCAUCAAUGUUGGUGUGUGAUACAUUUGUAUGAAUUGCGUUAUAGCAACAUGCGUUACUGUGUUGUGUAAAGUGCAAUCGUGUGUGAGCGCGGCGGGACAGCAGUGGGGAACGUCUCCCGCGCCAGCGGCUCUGGCGCGGCACUCAGCUUGAAAUCUAUAGAGCGCACUUUGACUUGCUUAGACUUAAGUUUCAGUUAAAACGAGACACAUUUAUGCCAGCGGUAUAACGCUGUCUCGUUUUAACAAUGUCUUAAGUGGGAGCAAAGUCGAAGUGCGCCUCAGAGUCCUGUGUACUUAACGAACGAUAGAUAUGAGCCAUGUGACAACAGUGCAAACUUCAAACUGAUGGACGCAUGGUAUUGACACUGUAAAUAUUGUAAAUAGCUAUUUAUAACGUGUAAAUAAAUAUCGACGCCGUC